UUGUACGUUCGUCACUGACGCACGCGCGGAUGAUGAAAAUAUUUCGAAGCCGGCGGCCGAACGAGAGGCUGAAAGAAUGUACACGGGAACAGUGCUGCCAUUUUCAGCAUAAUGGUUUUCAUUCCUCCGUAUCCACCAUCAAAAAAUCGUUCAUUUUUUUAUUCUUUGAGGAAAUGAAUUUCCGUGAUAAACGGGAAAAUUUGAAACGUCAACCUUUUACCAUGCUCUGACGUCAUUAACAAACACGUCAGAUCGUACGAUCCCGAUUGAUUGAACAAGAUUGUAUAUACACUUUUAAAUAAAACAAAUAAAAAAUGGAUGAGUAUAAAAUAAUUAAUUGGCAUUGUGGUUAUCAAACUAAUGUGAAACAGAAAAAUUAAAAUUCAAUCUUCAAGUUACUGUCAUGGCUCAUCCCUGAUUCUGUAACUAGAUGAAUUAGUUCCGAGUUCCGAGGUCAUGAAGAAGUUAGAAAGCGCGCUAAACCUAAACUGCAAAACUUGUCACGUGUGGAAAUGCGUACAUAUAGUAGGGAUGAGUUCCAUUGUCUCUUUUCUAUUAUGAAUGUGUACCUCGAAUUUUUGUUGAAUGUUUCUCUUUGAUUAUUGUUCAAGUUUAAUGUCACAUCGUCUAUUGCAACAACAUAUUAUUGCAACUUAUAUAACAUUACGGUUAAUAACAAAUUAAGUAUAGUGUCGAAGUAACAAAAACCUGGAAUAAAUAUGGCAAAAAAAAGAUCAAGAAACGACAAAGAGACGAAUUAUGAUGUCGAAUUCGCACUGGGAUUACAUGAAAGAUACAAUCCUCUCGGCGUAACGGAAAACGCUGUUUUUCCUGAUAACAGAAAUUUCGAAGAUUAUGAACCAAAGACAUUGAUUGAUCAGACUUUGGAAAUAAUUGAUCCAACUCCCAAUAUUUACACUCUGUUUGGUCAAUUUAAUGCGAGAUUCUUCUCCAAUAAACUACUCUCCGUAGAAGUUAAGUGGAGCCACCGGAUGACAUCAUGUGCCGGCAUCUGUUCAUUCCAUCCAAGAAGCAGGGAUUGUAUCAUUUCUUUAAGUGCCCCGUUACUCAAGUUGAGACCACGCAAAGAUUUAGUGGAAACUUUACUUCAUGAAAUGAUUCACGGAUAUUUAUUUUUGACUAACAACAAUCGAGACCGAGAUGGUCAUGGUCCGGAAUUCCUCAAAAUCAUGGACAGGAUAAACAAAGAGGCUGGAACUCAAAUAUCGGUUUAUCACAGCUUUCAUGACGAAGUAAAGUUGUAUCAGCAGCAUUGGUGGAGAUGCGACGGUCCUUGUCAAAAGCAGCCACCUUUUUUUGGCACGGUACGUCGAGCAAUGAACAGAGCGCCAGGACCAUCAGAUUUUUGGUGGGCAAGUCAUAAGGCAAGGUGUGACGGUACUUUCAUCAAAGUACGAGAACCAGAGAAAAAAAUUGAGGAUAAAAAAUCUAAGGGAAAAGUGGCAGAUAAAAAAGCGUCCAAAAAUUUGGACGAUUAUUUCACGAAUAAAAACAAGAAACCCGAAAUAUCUGGAGGGGUGAAAAAUUGGAUGCCGACGUUGACCGCACCGCCGAAUUCAAAACUCGGAGGAGCAACAGGAAAAGCUUUGCCAGCGGGUCUCGUAAAACUCGGUACAAACACAAACAACGUCCACGGUUGGGGAACCGGAGGACCGGGCAGUUCGUCCGCUGAACCAUCAUUCUCUCAAAAAAAAUCGAACGAUAAAUCUGGUAGAACGUUGAAUUUUUCUGGAACAUUGGGAGGUAGUGGCACAGGGAAAAGCAAUAUUCUCGAUAAGUUUUCGUCCCCUAAACAGCCAACAUCCUCGGUUCUAAUAAUCGAAGAUUCUCCGCCAACGAAAAAAUCGAAAAUAACCGAUUCGGAGAGUUUAAUAAAGUACAACUGUCCGGUGUGCAAUUCGCGAGUCGAUGCGAAUCAGCUGAACGAACACCUCGACGUAUGCCUUUCCAAGCCGAGUCGCACAAAUGAAAAAAAACUUUCUGUUAUUGAAAUUCUCGAUUCUCCGGAAAAACGAAAUAAUCGAGCUGCUAGAAAAUCAAUAACUCCUCCAUUCAAAGCCCUCAAGGGACAAACGAACCUUGACUCUUUUGUCAUAUCUACUCCAGAAAAAACGAAAAAAAAUACAGUGUCUUGUCCUGCCUGCGACAAAAUUGUAUUCGUUACUGAACUCUACGACCAUCUCGAUAGUUGUACACUUUCUUGGCAAGGUGGGCAGAAAUCAACGGAGGCUGAAAGACGAGAAAGCGACACUUCGAGGCCUCAAACAUCGAGGAAAAACUCCACAACUAAAACAAAUCUCAACGAAUCCUACGUAUGUCUGGUUUGCAACGUUAAAAUAAGUGGCGAUAUAGCACUAAACGACCACCUUGAAGAAUGUGUCAAAGCCAUAUUCAACGACGAUACUUUCGACGUUGGGAACGAUACUUUUUUGGAAAUUUCGUCACCGAAAGCCGACCUCGUGAACGGUCGUAAUUCGGCUGAUUCGUCUCUAAAGAUCGACCUCACUGAUGAUAAAUUUCCGUGUCCCAUUUGUAUGGAUCUUAUACAAGAACACCUCAUGAAUGAACAUUUGGAUAAUUGCCUCAAAGCUCAAAAAUAAGACUGAUUUUACA